AAAUAUUCGUUGUUGAAAUUAUUACUUUAUACAAGUUUUAGAUAACGCUUAUCACCUAAAUGCGCUAUGGCCGACAUGAUGUCCUAUCAAUAACUGAUAACUGAUCCAUCUUUACAAAUAUGUGAGCAAUGAAAUGAAUAUAACAAGGUGUGGACAUUAAUAUGAUCUGAAGGAUUACCUGAAAGACAACGGACACCAUGGAUUUAAUGAGUAGAAAAGAGAUUAUUUUCAUAUCUAUGAUUUUUAUAGGCUGCACUCAAGCAGGUACUCCGACAACCGAUCACACUGGCUCUUCCUACUCAACUGUACCCGAGGAUUUCAAUGGUACAGUCUGUAGAUUUCACAUUUCUGAUUCUGAUGCAAAUGACAUCAUAAAAGUAAACCCGGGUAAUGAUAAAACUUCAGAAUAUUUCAAUAUUGAACUGUCCGGAAGUGGAAAUGAUGUAUGGGUAAAUGUAACAGUUAAGAAACCCCUUGACAGAGAAACACUGGGAAGCGUUCUGAAGAUAAGCCUAUCUAUAACAGACAACCAACACAAUCAG